AUGGCGCUUCUUCAAUUCAGGGCGCCUGUCAGCUAUGAGGAUCACCAAGCGGCUUUCGAAGAGUUCCUCCAAACCUUCAAGACUUCUCCGACAUCCGCCCUCGCAAAUGCGCUGGGUGACAUGAAUAUUGACGAGGAUGAUUUCAGUGACGAGUACGAUUUUAUGGACGAUGACGAUGAGGAGGGCCGGGAUGCGCGAAGGAAAGAAAGAUCGCAGGCGAAGCAACCGAAGUUGAAGUAUGUAGAGUUGCUGCAGAAGGUCGCAGAUAGAUAUGAGGACGAGAUCACGAUUGAUCUUGAUGAUCUGGCAAAAUAUGAUGAAUUAUUAGAGCAGAGCGGUACUCCUCUGAACCUGGUAUCUUCCAUCGAGACCAAUGCGAAGCAUUAUCUGGAUAUCAUGGCAAGAGCUGUUGAUAAAGUAAUGCCAGCCCCGACAAGAGACAUCAAUUAUAAGGACGAUGUCCUCGAUGUCCUAAUGUCUCAACGAACUGCGCGGAACAAUGCAUUGAUGCGUGCGGCGGCAGAGCAACCAGACGCAGCGAUUGAACCAGAGCUUUUUCCUGCUGAACUUACUCGCCGAUAUAGCCUCAACUUUAAGCCACGAACACAAGGUGAUGAACCCAAGAAGGCAUUAGCAGUGCGUCAAGUUCGUGGAGAGCAUCUCGGCCAUUUAAUCACCGUCAGAGGAAUUACAACGAGAGUUUCGGACGUCAAGCCAACUGUGGAGGUCAAUGCAUACACCUGCGACCGCUGUGGAUGCGAAAUCUUCCAACCCGUUGGAUCCAAGACUUUUGGACCACUGAUUGAGUGCCCAUCGCAAGAUUGCAAGACCAAUCAGUCCAAGGGCCAACUUCAUCACUCGACUCGAGCCUCCAAAUUCCAGCCAUUUCAGGAGGUCAAGAUUCAAGAAUUGGCUGAACAGGUACCCGUUGGCCAUAUUCCUAGGAUGUUGACGGUCCUCUGCCAUGGGGCUCUCGUCCGCCGGAUCAACCCUGGAGAUGUCGUUGAUAUUGCUGGCAUCUUCUUGCCUACGCCCUACACCGGGUUCAAAGCAAUCAGAGCUGGUCUUCUUACAGACACCUAUCUCGAGGCUCAACAUGUCACCCAGCACAAAAAGGCUUACGAGGAUCUUGCAAUUGACAACAGAGUUUUUAGGCGUAUCGAACAAUACCGAGCGUCUGGUCACGUUUAUGAAUACCUAGCAAAGUCCAUUGCUCCGGAAAUUUAUGGUCAUUUGGAUGUCAAGAAAGCUCUACUGCUCUUGUUGGUCGGUGGUGCGACGAAACAGAUGGGAGAUGGUAUGCGAAUCAGGGGAGAUAUCAACAUCUGCUUGAUGGGCGACCCCGGUGUGGCCAAGUCUCAACUACUCAAGUACAUUACCAAAGUGGCCCCUCGUGGAGUCUACACCACAGGCCGAGGAAGCAGUGGUGUCGGUCUCACGGCAGCGGUCAUGAAAGAUCCCGUCACAGAUGAGAUGAUCCUCGAGGGCGGUGCGUUGGUCCUUGCAGACAAUGGGAUCUGCUGCAUCGAUGAAUUCGAUAAAAUGGAUGAUAGUGACCGAACCGCUAUCCACGAAGUCAUGGAACAGCAAACAAUCUCCAUCUCCAAAGCCGGAAUCUCAACAACCUUGAAUGCACGGACGUCAAUCCUUGCAGCAGCCAACCCCCUCUACGGCCGCUAUAACCCACGCAUCUCACCCGUCGAAAACAUCAACCUCCCAGCCGCUCUCCUUUCACGUUUCGACGUUCUUUUCCUAAUUCUAGACACACCUACAAGAGACAACGACGCCCUCCUCGCCCGCCAUGUAACUUACGUCCACAUGAACAACAAACACCCCGACACUGACGGUGUUGUCUUUUCGCCCAACGAAGUCCGUCAAUACGUGGCUCAAGCCCGUACUUUCAAUCCUACCCUGCCCACCCCCGUAUCAGAAUACAUCGUCAAGGCGUACGUCAAAAUGCGUGACCAACAAUCACGGGACGAGAAAAACAAAAAGCAGUUCUCUCACACCUCACCACGUACUCUCCUUGGUAUUGUACGUCUUGCUCAGGCGCUUGCCAGACUUCGAUUUUCGCAAGAGGUCGUACAGGAUGAUGUCGAUGAAGCGCUCCGUUUAAUUGAAGCUAGCAAGGAGAGUUUAUACGCGGAUCAGGAUGGGUACCGGAAAGAUAUGUCCCCCACCUCGAGAAUCUAUAAUAUGGUCAGAGCACUGGCAGAAAGUGGGCAGUGUAGGCCUGAGGAUGCGGAUGAGGAUGAUGAGGAAACGCUGGGUAUGGAGUUGAGUUUGAAGAAGGUCCAGGAGCGUGUUAUUGCAAAGGGAUUUACGAGGGACCAAUGGUUGGCUGCUUUGGAUGAGUACACGAAUCUGGAUAUCUGGCAAACGGCACGCAAUGGAACGAGACUUCUUUUUAUUGUUUCCGAAGCGGCGCACAUGGCGCGGGAUGCUGAAUAUGAAAUGGAGUAA